UGUAAAUUUAACUUAUACAUUUACAAAAGUACAUGGCGACUAGGGUCUCAGUACUUAGUUCACUCAGUGCCUAGUCAGGAACACUAGCAUUAAAAUCACAAAUUUAUAUUGAAAAAUUUACUGACAAGAAAAUUAUAAAAAUAUUUCUUUCAGCGGACACAAAAAAAAAUAUAUUUACUAUCAACUAUAAAUAUAUAAAUUUUAGUAUCAAGUCGUAAAAUUGUUAUUUUAAAAAGUUAUUGUGAAAUAUAUUUUUUAAUGGUUGUGAGAUUAAAACUUAUUGAGUGAUUGUUAAUAUUUUUUCUUGUGGUUAUUGAAACUAUUUGAGUAUAUUACGGGUAAUUUUUUGGGGUUUUAUGUUUUUCUUUAUAUUACUUAAUUAAAUAUUUAGUGUGAUAAUACGUGUAAGUGUCAUAAUGAAUCAGAGAAUACGUAAUUAUCCGUAUGCAGAAAUAAUUGAACAACCUUGUAGUAGAACUCGAUUUAGAUAUGAAUGUGAAGCUCGAUUUAUUGGAAGUCUUGUUGGUUGUAAUAGUACUGAACAUCAUAAAAGCUGGCCUACAAUAAAGAUACACGGCCUUGAUGGUAGUGCGGUAAUAAUAGUGUCGUGUGUCACCAAGGACUCGCCACAUAGACCACAUCCCCAUGCGAUUGUCAGUAAAGAUAAAUCAGACCGAGGUAUUUAUACCCACCAAACUGAUGCACAGGUAGUAUAUUUUCCAAACCUGGGAGUCCAGUGUGUCAAGAAGAAAAAUGUUAAAGAGGCAUUGGAAAAACGUGAAGAGCUUCGUAUUGAUCCCUUUGACACGGGCUUUAAUCAUAAAAAUUCAAUAUCUGAUAUUGAUUUAUCAGCAGUAAGACUUUGCUUCCAAGUGUUCAUUGAAGAUAGCAAAGGAAUAUGUAGCGUACCCUUGCGGCCUAUAGUUUCUGAGCCAGUUUAUGACAAAAAAGUGUUGGGUGAUUUGUCAAUUCUUAAGUUAAGUCAUUACAGUGCACCUGCUACUGGAGGUACACCAAUGAUACUUCUGUGUGAAAGAGUUGCCAAAGAUGACAUCAGUAUUGUAUUUUUUGAGAAGCGUAACAACAAAAUUGUUUGGGAAGGACUUGCUAAAUUUAAUUCUAAUGAUGUUUAUCGACAGAUAUCGAUUGCAUUUGAAAGUCCAGCUUAUCAUAAUGUCAACAUUGAAGAACCAGCUCAGGUUUUUAUUCAAUUACGUAAAUUAUCGGACCAUUAUGCGAGCGAACCGUUGCCAUUUACAUUCACUCCAGUUGGGGCAGACUCUUCAAUUAAUCUUAAACGUAAGAGGCAAAAAUACAGUACAUCCGGUGUAAUAGACCUGGAGUCAGAAGCUGCACCAUCUGUUCCCGCGCAUUGUCCUCGCUGCAAUUGCUUUACACGUUCAGAAUCUCCUGAAGAAGAACCUAUAACUGAAGAAGCUAAAAAUAUUGCCAAGCGAUUGUUAUUUUACCGACCACAUAAUCAAAAUAUGACAUUGAAUGAAGUAAAUAAACAAUCAGCGAUAGGUAUAAAUCUACAUGAUAUGCAGCCACUGGAUUUACAAUGUAGAAAAAAUGUAAAUAAUAACGAUGAUAAUAAUAAUAAAAAGAAGAAGAAGAAGAAUAUUAAUAUUAAAAAAAAUAAUAUUAAUAAUGUACAGCAACAGCAGCAACAACAACAACAACAACAACAACAACAACAACAACAACAACAACAACAACAACAACAACAACAACAACAACAACAACAACAACAACAGCAACAACAAUCACUACCGCCACCAGUACAACGAAAUCAAUCACGGAAUCAACAGCAACAACUAAAAGUAAUACAACAACUAAUACAACCGCAUCUACAACAACUACAGCAUCAACAACAACAACAACAACAACAGCAGCAGCAGCAAAUACACCAGCAGCAACAACAACAACAACAACCCCAAUCACAGUUAUUACAACAACAACAACAAUUACUACAACAACACAAAUUACUUUUAAUACAAUCAAUACAACAAAAACUACCACAGCUACAACGACAACAGCCGCAACCGCAGUUACAACAGCUACAACCACUACCACAACAACAACAACAACAACUGCUACAGCCACAACUUGUUCAACAGCAGCAAUAUAGAAAAACCUUCCAACCAUUUCAACAAUAUAUUCAGGAACAACAGCAACAAGAAAAACAAUCACAAUCGCAACUUCAACAACAGAAUCAAGAACAACAACAACAUGAAUAUCAAUUACAACAACAGCGCCAACAUCAAUUACAAUUAAACUACCAAUUACAACAGCUACAACAAUUACAGCAUAGUCAACUACAACAGCAAUCACGGCCGCAAUUAAUGCAAUACUACCAAGAACGGCAGCGGCAACAAGUUCAACAACAGCCAGAUCACCAGCAAGAACAAUAUUUAACGUCGUAUCAACCUGCUAUUGAUAAUAAUAAUUAUGAUGAUGAUGAGGAUGAUGAUGAAGAUAAAGAUGAAGGCAGUGAUGAUAGCAAUCCUUAUUAUAGCACACAAGUAAUACCCAACAGGCCACCGGAUUUAUUUAAAAUCAAUAGAACUCUUCCAUCUCAACAGACUUAUACAGGACAACAAUGUACGGAAAAUAUAAAUAAUCAGCAAAAUCGACUUGAAGAUAAAGAACCGACGAAUCAAAAUUUUGAUGAUGAAAUAUCGGAACUCAUUAAUGGACAAUUGUCGGAGACGAUGAACAGUGGAUUGUCACUUUUAGGAGACGAGUUUGAAAUCAAUAGUCAACCCUACCAAGUGACGAAUAAUAAUGAACCUGCUUAUGAAGAUUUUUUUCUUCAAUUGAACUAAUGAAAAAUCCUAAUAUUUGUUAUUAUUAUUAUUAUUGUAAAUAAAUAAAUAAUUAUAGUUUCUGCAAAUUGUAAUAUUUUUAAACAAGUGAUAGCUUGAAUUUAAAUUAUUUACAAGUCGUGAUGUUAAUUUAUCAUAUACUUUAAGUCAAC